AUGUUACAUAGCAAUCCAUCGACGUUAAACACAUCAUUGCUUUACCUUGAUGUUCUUGUAAAUAAUAAGCGAAUGAAAGCAAUGAUUGAUACUGGCGCAAACCGAACAUUUAUUUCAUUACAAGCACUACCUAGACCACACACUCAACAAUUUACCGAUAAACAACAGAGAAGUGCAUCUUUAGCUGAUGGACACACAUCACUUUCUAUUUUAGGCACAUUAGAAUUAUGCAUUGAUAUCGGUGACAUGUCAACAAUUAUCAAAGGAUAUGUCGUGAAGGAAUUAUGUGCCGAGUGCAUAUUAGGAAUGGAUUUCAUUAGUAAAUAUAAACUCAUUAUCAAUGCUGAUGAACGAACGGUGACAAUGCAUGAUGAUGAUAGAUGCAUUACAACGACAUUUAAUGUUAAUCAACGCAAAAUUCGUUAUCCGGCACGAACAAUUCGUCAGGGCUAUAUUCCACCGAAACGAGCAGUCUCAAUACCAGUCGACGUGAAAAUAUCGUCAGCCAAAGUUUCAUUUCGGCCAUCCUUUCGAUUGGCGCGACAAUCACCAAUGAUAUUGUUAAACAACAUGGUCGUGGUGAAUCACCAAAAGUCACACAUUUCACUUUACAAUCCGACUAAAUAUUCGUUCACGAUACCUGAGGGCAUCGUAGUAGGAACGACCACAGUUCCAACACUAUCUUUCAACAAAUGCUUAUCGAUCGAUCAUGAAUUAGUCAACGGACAUAUUNAACACGAGCACAGGAAUUGGCGUUUGAACAAUUGA